AUGGUUCAAUCAAGCCCGCGAAGACCCGUUUUGGUGGGCAAUGUAACUGGUUCGACGGGGGACAGACUUGAUGGCUUAAGAUCCAUGCUCCAGGGACCGACCAAAUUGGAUGUGAUAGUCGGAGACUGGUUGUCCGAGGCAAACCUGUCCUCCAGGUCUUUGCAACUCCACAGAGGCGAAGGUGAGGGAUUUGAGCCUGGAUUCCUCCAUUCCCUGCGGAUAGCAAUUGAUGAUUACUUGACUUACGAGAACUCCAAUCUGCGCAUUGCUGUCAAUGCCGGAGGUCUCAACCCAAAGGCUCUUGCUACGAAAGUACAGGAACUUCUAUCUCAGAAGGGAUCGAAUAAGCAGGUAACAUACGUCACGGGAGAUAACCUUUUGCCGGUUAUAGACACUAUAGACAUCGACCCUUUAUCGCGUUCUACUGGCGACUUCACUACCUGGCGGGCCAAACACCCUGAAAUCAUCCAAGCCAACGCAUACACAGGCUGCUGGGGGAUAGUCAGCGCUUUCAGAGAAGGGGCAGAUAUCGUCAUAUGUGGCAGAUGCACUGAUGCCAGUACGGUCAUGGCAGCUGCGGCCUGGUGGCAUGGCUGGGGAGUCAAUGAUUUUGAUCUUCUGGCUGGGAGUCUAGCCGCAGGCCACCUGAUAGAAUGCGGAUGCUACGCUACUGGUGGGAACUAUGGCAACUUUGAGAGCCUCCAGCCCAAUUACCAUGAUCUGUCCUAUCCCAUUGCUGAGAUCAGCUCGAAGGGCUUAGCGACCAUUCACAAGCAACCUGGACAGAACGGAGUCGUCAACAUUGAUACCUUACGAGGUCAACUGCUCUACGAGAUUCAGGGUCUUUACUAUUACAAUCCUGAUGUUAUCGCAGACAUUACAUGCAUCAACAUGGAGCAAAUUGGGAAGGAUAAAGUAUUAGUCUCCGGUGUAAAAGGUCUACCGGCACCAGAGACUCUCAAGGUUGCCAUCAUGGCUUUGGGGGGAUACCAGGCUGAAUUCUCCUUGUACAUCACUGGCCUCAAAGCCAAGGAGAAAGCACGCAGCUUCGAGGAAAUGGCCAGGAGAAUAGUCGAUACGUCCAAGUUUGAGGUGCUGGACUUCCAGCUCUACGGCACACCGAAAGAGAAUUCGCGGAAUCAGCUCGAGGCCACCGUUCAGCUGAGGGUUUUCGCCCAGUCCCGAGAUGCCAAGACCCUUACUGCUGGUCGAUUUCUAGGCCCGAUGAUGAGCAAUCAAUUGCAGGGUUAUCCCGGGCUGACGGCCAACCUCGACUAUAGGACGGCCGCACCAAAGCUCAUCACCACAUAUUUCCCUGGCCUCUUUGAUCGCAAAAGAAUCGAGCAGGUUGUCCAUUUUGUCAACCAGCCCGAAAGGACGAUCCGUGUACAUGAUGACGACGUGAUCAUCACACCUCGGCUAGACUUACCCAAGCAGCUCAGCGCAGAGACUAAGGACCCUGUACCACUCGACCGGUUCGGACCAACGAGGAGGGUGGCGCUUGGCUCUCGGGUCUUUUCCCGCAGCGGCGAUAAAGGAGCUAAUGUGAAUGUUGGGCUUUUCUUCCCGGUGGGAAGAGAUAUGAAUCAGAAAUAUGACUGGCUGAGGUCUUUUCUGACCGUGCAAAACUUCCGCGCGAUCCUUGCAGACGAAGUUUCUUCCAACGUCUUUAUUGACAGGUGCGAGUUUCCUCAAAUACAGGCUGUGAACUUCGUCAUACACGGACAUCUGGGAUCUGGCGUGAGCAGCACCUCAAACAUAGAUGCCCUUGGUAAGAACUUGGCAGAAUACAUCAAGGCUCGCCAUGUAGAUCUACCAGAAGUCUUCUGUGAGGAAUCAAGCCAACUGUAG